AUGGCUGAGGAGUGGCUGGAUUGCCCAGCCCUGGGCCCCGGCUGGAAGCGUCGUGAGGUUUUUCGAAAGUCAGGUGCCACCUGUGGACGUUCAGACACCUAUUACCAGAGCCCCACAGGAGACAGGAUCCGAAGCAAAGUUGAGCUGAUCCGAUACCUUGGCCCUUCGUGCGACCUCAGCCUCUUCGACUUCAAACAAGGCAUCCUGUGCUAUCCAGCCCCCAAGGUCCAAAACUUGGCUCUCCCUGGAAGGAAGAGGAAGAAGCCUUCGAAGCCAGUUAAAGCUCGAAAAUGUCAGGUUGGACCCAAGAGGGUUGAGGUUAGAAAGGAGGUCCCAGGGGCUAAAACCAAGGCUGAUGCUGACACGGCCCCAGCGUCGCUCCCUGCACCUGGGCACUGUGAGAACUGUGGAAUCAGCUUCUCAGGGGAUGGGACCGGAAGGCAGCGGCUCAAGACAUUGUGCAAGGACUGCAGAGCACAGAGAAUUGCUUUCAACCGGGAGCAGAGGAUGUUUAAGCGUGUGGGCUGUGGAGAGUGUGCAGCCUGUCGGGUAACCGAGGACUGCGGGGCCUGUUCCACCUGCCUUCUGCAGCUGCCCCAUGAUGUGGCCUCGGGGCUAUUCUGCAAGUGUGAGCGGAGACGGUGCCUCAGGAUUGUGGAAAAGAGCCGAGGGUGUGGAGUGUGCCGGGGCUGUCAGACCCGAGAGGACUGUGGCCGUUGCCGAGUCUGCCUUCGCCCUCCCCGCCCUGGUCUCAGGCGCCAGUGGAGGUGCAUCCAGCGGCGCUGUCUACGACAUCUUGCCCAUCGCCUGCGUCGCCGUCAUCAACGAUGUCAACGACGCCCUCCCCUAGCUGUGGCUCCCCCUGCUGGUAAGCGUAGCCGCCGCAGGGGAGGCUGCGACUCCAAGAUGGCUGCCCGGCGGCGUUCCAGAACCCAGCCACUACCUCCACUUCCCCCACCUCAGCCUCCAAAGACCCCAGCGCUGCACCCCAGAGUCCUGGGCCCCUCAUCACCUGCUGAGUUCAUCUAUUACUGUGUAGACGAGGACGAGCUACAACCUUACACAAACCGCCGGCAGAACCGAAAGUGUGGGGCCUGUGCAGCCUGCCAGCGGCGGAUGGACUGUGGCCACUGUGACUUCUGCUGCGACAAGCCCAAAUUUGGAGGCAGUAACCAGAAGCGCCAGAAGUGUCGUUGGCGCCAGUGCCUGCAGUUUGCCAUGAAGCGCCUGCUGCCAAAUGUCUGGGCAGGGUCUGAGGAUGGGGCAGCGUCACCCCCACCUAUCCCUCGUCGAAAGAGGCCAGGAUCUACUCGACGGCCCCGUGUAGGCCAUUCCUUGAAGACCCCCUCGGUUACGCCCACAGUCCGAACAAACCAAGCCCAGACUCCAGUGAAACAGGAAACAGGCAAUGGCUUUGUGUUGCCCCCGCCUGGCACUGACCUUGUGUUCUUACGGGAGGGUGCAAGCAGUCCUGUGCAGGUACCUGGCCCUGCCCCAGCUUCCACAGAACCCCUGUUGCAGGUGAAGCAAGAGAAAGUGGAUGCUCAGGAAGACUGGACACCAGGCAGAGCCAUCCUGACUUCUCCCGUAUUGCUGCGUGGCUGCCCCAGCAAGGCAGUAGACUCAGGCCUGCCAGUUGUGAAGCAAGAGCCACCUGACUCUGAGGAGGAAAAAGAGAAGAGCAAGGAUGACUCCGCCUCUGAUUCAGCCCCAAAGGAGCAGGCACGAGGGGCUGGCACGCCAGUGAUCACGGAGAUUUUCAGCCUGGGUGGAACCCGUCUUCGGGACACAGCAGUCUGGUUGCCAAGUCUGCAGGGCAGGCAAUCGGGAAGGGAAGAUGGAUGUAAAUGUGGGAGACCGAGGACACAUUGGCGCCCACAAGCACAAGCUGGACCCCCCCUGCAGAUGGCCUGGAACCCAUGUCACUCACCACCUCCAACUUCGAUGAUGUGGGUGUCCUGCAGAAGAAACUGGUGCCCUUCACCGCAGAGUUAA